GUAUGGAUUUCCCUAUAAAUCCACCUUCUUUUUUCCUAAUAUAUGAAAUUGAUAAUAACAAAGUGAUUUUUUUUUGUGUUAUCUUCUCCACCAAUUUUCGAAUUUCUGUAUAUGUAUAUGGCUUGUUUGCAGGCUGCUAUCAGUUGUUGAUUAAAAAAGGAGAUGUAGUUGUGAAUAAUCAACGAUUGUUGAACCAUCAUUUCUGGGUAACUCCAGAGGCAUAUAUAUGCAACACACCAAGGGCGUGGCACUAGUGGUAGUUGAUCGAGAGCUACGAGGUCUUACAUUCAAAUCCUAACAGACAAAAAAACAUUAGAUUAUUUUUUUCCAUGAAGAUGUAUGUCAUUUUCUGGUGAUGUUGAUAUAGCAUAAGCCCUCAUGAGAGAUAGAUGCAAUGUAAACUCUGAAUUAUAUGGAGUGCAAACUACCCGAAUUAGUUGUUUAUCUUCAAGACAGCAACCAUCAAGUUUUUAAGGACAUAUAUAUGGAAGGAGAACAAUGUUCUUUGGAAAAUUGUGAGUUGAACCACCAUAAUAUUUAUUACAUGCUCAAGUAUGAGCUUGACAACAGGGCAGAAUUAGGGAACAGAGUUUCUGAAUCGUACGAGGGUAUUGUUAAGAAGUUUGACGACUCAAAAAAUCUGUUGAUGGAAGGUAAAUCGGAUACUGAGAUUGCUGAUGCCAUUUCCUACAGCCGCGAUGUUCCAAAACAGCCGAGUUUGGACAGAGAAUUGGUUGAUCAAAAAGAAAAUCAGGAUCAAGAGCUGAAACUAGUCUCGAUGACGUCUAAGUUUGUCUCCAAGGUAGCAUGUUGUAACAAAAGUAGUAUAGCAGAUUCAAUUUCUAGAGAAGGAUCAGCAAAUACAAAGGUUGAAAACAGCACCAGUACUGGAGAUGGAGUGCCAAGAAGUUUAGCGUCAUUGUUUGCAGAUCAGAACACUGAAAAGCUUACAGAUGGUGAAGACAUGAAUCUUGUUGUCUUAGCAACAAAGCAAUGUCAUGAUAACAUCUCUAUACGCUCGAGUAGCACCAACAGCACAAAAUCUUUUGCCUUUCCUAUACUAACCUCAGAGUGGCCCGGCAGCCCUGUCAAGAUGGUGGCAGACGAUAAGAGAGAGUUUCAAAGGCGAAGUUGUCACUGGAGAACGUGCUUUGGUUGCUGCAAUUUUUGAUUUAUUUAGUUUCCGGAGUUGUAUAGCCGUUUCUUCUACUUGUCCAUCAUAUUCCCUCUUCUUGGUGUAUUAGACCAUACAUUAUACAUGUUGAAAUAUUACUGUGGACAUUUAGCAAUCAAUUGUGAUUUCAUUCAGAAAAGAUGUUUACAACUCAAA